GCAUGACUCUCGAAUUAAGCCGAACUCACAGAUAACAUACUUCAAUCACCUUUCCAUCAAUCAAUCAAUAGAUGACAGCUCAAUCGCCUGGGGGUCUUUAAAAUCAGCAUGGGUAGCACGUAACCCCCCGAUAAGCUUGAGGUCCCACCUCCACUAUGGCGACAGCGCCCGCUGUCCCUCCACUUUCCAUCAACAUCCCCUCAGCUGAUAGAAUUGAAUGAUGACCCUCACGAACCCAGUCCGCCAAGUUGCAAUCAUUGGGGCAGGGCCAUCUGGCCUUGCCUCGUUGAAGUUCCUGUUAGCAGAGAAACACUUCGAGCGUAUCGACUUGUUCGAACAAAGAAGCUCGGUUGGAGGUGCCUGGAAUUACAGUCCCAGCUCUGCAAAAGCUGGACUGGCCACGACUGUCCCUCAGCUUGAUCCAUUUGAACCUGCGGAAAACCCGACCUGGAUCAAAGAAGCAGAUGGCUCAUCCAGCGCCGUCUUCGUAUCGCCUCUGUAUGACAGGCUCGAAACCAAUAUUCCAAAGGAGUUGAUGCGCUUCUCUGAUCAUCCUUUUCCGCGAGAUGCUCAGCUCUUCCCCAAGCACCACACUGUGAAGCAGUACUUGGAGGACUAUGCUGAGGCCGUAAAGAGCCAUAUCCACUUUGAAACCCAGGUGGUGGAUGUCAAGCUGAGUGACCCCAAACUGAGCACUUGGGAGGUGACGACAAAAAAUCUCCGCAACGGCCAGAAUACUACUCGACCCUAUGAUGCAGUUGUCGCGGCAAGCGGGCAUUUCACCGUCCCUUAUCUCCCCAACAUUCCUGGGAUCGUGGACUGGGAUCAAUCAUACCCCGAGGCAAUCUCACACUCCAAAUUCUACGACUCCCCUGAGCCUUUUGCGGGCAAGAAGGUCGUUGUAGUGGGAAACUCCGCGUCGGGGCUUGAUAUUGGCGCCCAAAUCAAUACGGUUUCCGCAGGCCCGAUUAUCGCGUCGCAACGCUCAGAGUCCUAUUUGUCUGCAUCUGCCCCAUCUGAUAAGAUCAUCUGCCCGGAGAUCGCUGAGUUCCUAUCACCGGCCAAUUACAACCGAGGUCUUCGAUUCGCCAAUGGCCGUAUUGAAGAAAACGUUGACGCGGUUGUCUUCUGCACGGGUUAUUUUUAUUCGUUUCCCUUCCUCUCGUCCCUGAAUCCAGCGGUCGUCACACAUGGAUGGCGAACCAUGCAUGUCUAUCAGCAAUUAUUCUACUCUGAACACCCUACGCUAGCAUUUCCAGUCCUUGCACAGCGUGUGAUUCCAUUCCCAAUGGCUGAGAAUCAAGCAGCUGUCUUCUCCCGUGUUUGGUCCCAACGACUCGUGCUCCCUUCAAAAGCAGAGAUGCAGGCAUGGGAAGAUACACAAGUGACCAAAAAGGGAGAUGGAAAGCAAUUUCAUCUUCUACCAUUCCCGAUGGAUGCUGAUUAUUUGAAUUUCUUGUAUACGUGGGCCACAUCAGCUAAGCCACGCCCGGGACUCUCGACUGGUGGGCAUGGCAAACAGGGGGCGUUUUGGGGAGAACGGGAACGGUGGAUGCGUGCGCUAUUCCCUGAGAUAAGAAGAGCCUUUGUACAGAGAGGCGGUCAGAGGAGUAGCGUCAGGACUCUUGAGGACCUUGGCUUCAUAUUCGAUAAUCAGAAAUUAAAGAGUAGUAUAUAGUAUAGGUAUAGAAUUAGAUCAUAUUACUUGACCUGAG